CCCUGAGCCUUCCCUUGGGUGGGGCAGGUGGGUGGGACAACUCGGAGGGGAAGAGGGAAGUGAGAAGCGAGGGUGGAGCAGGCUGAGAAGAGUCUGAGAAGAAAAGGCCUGUGGAGAGGUCUGGAGCAGCAUGUACACACCCAUCCCGCAGAGUGGCUCCCCAUUUCCAGCCUCCGUCCAGGACCCAGGCCUACACAUAUGGCGGGUGGAGAAGCUGAAGCCCGUGCCCCUAGCGCGAGAGAACCAUGGCAUCUUCUUCUCUGGGGACUCCUACCUUGUGCUUCACAAUGGCCCCGAAGAGGUCUCCAAUCUGCACCUGUGGAUAGGCCAGCAGUCAUCCCGGGACGAGCAGGGGGCCUGUGCUGUGCUGGCCGUGCACCUUAACACCCUCCUUGGGGAGCGGCCUGUGCAGCACCGUGAGGUUCAAGGGAAUGAGUCGGACCUCUUCAUGAGCUACUUCCCGCGUGGCCUCAAGUACCAGGAAGGUGGUGUGGAGUCCGCAUUUCACAAGACAAACUCGGGGGCCACCCCAGCAGCCAUCAAGAAGCUCUACCAAGUUAAGGGGAAGAAAAACAUCCGUGCCACCGAGAGGGCGCUGAGCUGGGACAGCUUUAACACCGGGGACUGCUUCAUCCUGGACCUGGGCCAGAGCAUCUUCGCCUGGUGUGGUGCAAAGUCCAACAUCCUGGAACGUAACAAGGCAAGGGACCUGGCCCUGGCCAUCAGGGACAGCGAGCGGCAGGGCAAGGCCCAGGUGGAAAUUAUCACCGAUGGAGAAGAGCCAGCCGAGAUGAUUCAGGUUCUGGGCGCCAAACCUGCUCUGAAGGAGGGCAACCCUGAGGAAGACCUCACAGCUGAUAAGACCAAUGCCCAGGCUGCAGCCCUGUAUAAGGUCUCUGACGCCACUGGACAGAUGAAUCUCACCAAGGUGGCUGACUCCAGCCCCUUCGCCUCUGAACUGCUGAUUCCUGAUGACUGCUUUGUUCUGGACAACGGACUCUGUGGCAAAAUCUACAUCUGGAAGGGGCGAAAAGCUAACGAGAAGGAGCGGCAGGCAGCCCUCCAAGUGGCCGAUGGCUUCAUCUCUCGGAUGAGAUACUCCCCAAACACUCAGGUGGAGAUUCUACCCCAGGGCCGAGAGAGUCCCAUCUUCAAGCAAUUCUUCAAGGACUGGAAGUGAGGGUGGGGGUCCCCAGCCUGCUCUGCGGUCUCCCACCAUCUGCCUGGCCCCCUCCCCCGCUGCUGAGUCAGCACCGAGGUGCCCGGAUGCUCAAUAAAGGACGCACCUUCA